AUGAACACGCUAUUCAAUUUGCUCGUUAUUUUGGCAAUUUGGACAACAACAUGUUCCUAUGCACGUACAGCCAAAGAUGAUUGGGAAGCUAGAACUCUGUCCAAUGGAGAGCGAAAUCUUGCACGCUCAUUGAUUAAUUCGUGGUUUAAUAAACGUGCUUGUGUACCUGAUGGUGGUCGUUGUGGUCCGAAUAGUAGUCAAGGCGGUUCUUGUUGUGGAAAUAAUUGUUUUGGAAGUGGUUCGAGUGGCGGCGUUUGUGGUAGUCCUACAUUUGAUGGUAAAUUUUAUGGAUACAAUUACUCUGAUCCCAAUUUUAAUGAUUUCGAUACAGUUGGUGCAUCCGGUCUUGCUACUCCCGAUAAAAUCAACGUAAAAGGACAGGGUUGGGUCGAUUCUAUUCAAGUUGAUUAUAAAGGUGGUUCAUCGCCACGUUCAGCACCAACAAGAGGAGGAGGCGGUGGAAAUAGUUGUAUAUUGAAAUUGGAUGCUGAUGAGAGAAUUGUUAAAGUGGAAGGUUCAUUCGCUACUUACUUGGAUUAUUUACAGUUUACUACAAAUAAAGGCAGAAAAGGUGACGUAUGCGGUGGUAGUAGUCGUAAUACUCUGUUUAGCGAAUCAAAACCCGGUUAUGUCUUAUCAUACAUAAGUGGUAAUGCUGGAUGGUAUCUGAAUGGUAUCCAAUUCCACUGGAUUCGUGAAGAAGUCUCAUAUAUUAUCUCUAAAAUUACAUAUGAUGUAAGUGCUGUAGCAAAUCAGGAUCUGGGUGAACCACGUUCUGUGUACUCAACUACAUUGACCAACAGAUCACCAGUAGAUCAACAGACCAGUUAUACAUAUACAUUUACAACUAGUGAAACUAAAUCUUGGAGCAUGGGUGUUGGUUAUACGCUUGGUGUAUCUACCACUGUUCAAGCAGGCGUUCCCGAAGUUGCAUCCGUUGGAGUAACUAUCAGUAGCGAAAUCUCAACAUCUUUCACUUAUGGUCAAGAUCAGACUACAGAAAAAUCAUAUUCUCAGGCUAUACAAGUGACCGUACCACCACAUUCGAAGAUAACAGCAUCAAUAAUAGUUUUAGAAGGAAAAGUAGAGAUUCCAUAUCAAAGUCUAGUAACUGUUGUCUUUGCUGAUGGUACACAAGUUACAAGACCUGGCGAAAAAGGAGUAUUUAAAGGUGUACAAGCCGUCACAGCUUAUGCAGACUAUAGCGACGCAACUUCAGCGUAA